UGUAUCUGCAGAUCUGGAUAUUAUUUGUGCCAGGAGAGUGAACUCUGUUCGCCCAAUCGGAGGGGAACUAGAAGGUCAGGAUUUUGUUUUGAUUGGACAAUUAAGGCGGUAUGGCCGGGCUGUGGCGUGGGUACCAGAGGUUACUGUCCGCUCACCCAUGGAAGGUACAGAUCAUCACUGCAGGCUCCCUGAUGGGGGUGGGAGAUGUCAUUUCCCAGCAGCUGUUGGAGCGGAGAGGAGUGCAGGGUCACAGUGUGGAGAGGACGCUGAAGAUGAUGGGGGUUGGACUCUGCUUUGUGGGCCCCGUGGUCGGUAGUUGGUAUAAUGUCUUGGACCGUCUGGUUCCUGGGAGCACCAAGUCUGUAGCCCUAAAGAAGAUGCUGCUGGACCAGGGGGGAUUUGCCCCGUGCUUCCUUGGAUGUUUCCUGACCAUCGUCUGCACACUCAACGGACUGUCUAAGGAGGAGAUCUGGGCCAAGCUGAAACGGGAUUAUAAGGACGCCUUAAUCACAAACUACUAUAUUUGGCCCGCAGUACAAAUUGCCAAUUUCUACUUCAUCCCUCUAUAUCACAGGCUGGCCGUGGUACAAUGCGUUGCCAUCAUCUGGAACGCCUACCUCUCCUGGAAAGCCAACAAGGCCUGAUCGCUCCGUCUGGCCCCCCGGACAAGUCUGGGGGCCCCAACACUCUUCUCAGGGGUCUUCAGCAUAUUCAUGAUCCAUCCUGCCACCUACCUGGGUCUUCCACUAAUUCUCAUCUCAAUGCCGUCAAUUCUGCAAUGAAGGAUACAACUUGUGACCUCCUAUUGGUUCAUUAUCUGAAGAGUCAGACCACUCCGAAAAUUAUAUUCCGGCCAUAGGUGGCGUCUGAG